AUGACGAAUGAUUUUAGAAUUGAAAUUAUAAUACUAUACAACCUGCCCGAGCGUCACCACGUCACCAUCCUCCUUGACCCGGAUCUCGUACGGUCGGAUUCCGCCAAGGCGAGUAGCCGGCCCCCGAGCAACGCUAGGCUCACAUUCGACGUCCCGUGGCCCGCCGGGUCAAACUGGCCCGAAGCGACCCGGGCCAUGGCAAGGGCCAGCCGGGCCACGGAGGCCGUGGCCGACCCGUUGAACGAGCUGAGGACGCCUGGGACGAAAGGGUACCGGGCCCGUCGCUCGUACUCGUGCUUUCGGCGGCAACAGAAGGAGGCCCGGCGGCCAGCCCGCGAGAUUUUGAGCGCGUGGAUCAUGCCGUCGCCCUCGAAGAAGUGGUGGGGCCGGCCUGGGAUGACAAACUGCGGGUUGGGCCCAUUUCGGAGGUAG